UACUGCUGCCCCGGUUCCGCUGAUCUGUGUGUUCCAGGCUCCCUUCCCUUCAACAGCUUACCAGCAAGCGACAGAGUCCAGCACCGCGCAAGCACCAACUCCCAGAUCUCCCACCGCCGAUGAGCUCAAAGGCCGCCGCAUCCACCUAGCCCGACACGCACCAGCGGGCACCGGCCACUCUAAUGUCGUCGUCGGCGGGCGACGCCGAUGCCGAGCCCCUCGGCGGCGCCUCCCCGGCUGGCCGCGUGCUCGGCCGCGCCCUCGACAAGGUCAUCAAGCACUCCUCCUGGCGCAAGCACUCCGCGCUCGUCUCCACCUGCAAAUCCGCCCUCGACCUCCUCUCCUCCGCGUCCACCGCCGCCUCCGAGCCAUCGGCUUCCCCGAUCCCCGGCCUCCCCGCUCCCGCCGCCGACGCCGCGCUCCACGCGCUUCUCCUCGCCCUCGACCCCGCGUCCCCUAAGGUCGCCGAGCCAGCUCUCGAGUGCGUCGCUAGCCUCCUCUCUCUCCGCCUCCUCGUCGGCGAGGUCGCCACCGCAGGUCCCUCUCCGGUCUCCAAGCUCUUCGCCGCGGUCCUCUCCUGCGGAGGCCUCGGCGACGACACCCUCGAGCUUGCUGCGCUCCGGGCGCUCGUCGCCUUCGUGCGGUGCCCCGCUGUUUCCCUCCGCGGGGAGUGCCUGGGUCAGAUGGUGAAGGCGUGCUAUAACUUGUACCUGGGGAGCUCGACAGGCGGGAACCAGCUCUGUGCGAAGCUGGCGCUCGCGCAAGUGCUGGUGAUCGUGUUUGCACGCGUGGAGGCAGAUGCCAUGGACGUGCGUGUGCGCACCAUCUCAGCUGCCGACAUGAUGGACCUCUCGGACCGCAGCCUGAACGACUCCAGCGUUGUGCAGGGGGCGCAAGCCUUCAUAAAUGAGGCCAUGGAGGGGAGUGACGCUCCAGAGGAGGCUCCCGAAGCAUGUGUACUGGCUGAGGGAGGCGGUGUCGGGGAAGAGGAGAGCAUGAGCUUGAUCAGGGAGGAUGGGCUGGCAUUGUUCAAAAACCUCUGCAAAUUAUCGAUGAAAUUCGCCACACCAGAUAACCCGGAUGAUCCGGUACUUCUCCGGGGCAAGGUGUUGUCACUCGAGCUACUUAGGAUGGUCAUUGACAACGCAGGACCGUUCUGGAAGGCAAAUGCAAAGUAUCUUGAAGCAAUUAAGCAGUACCUUUGUUUAUCCUUGUUAAAAAACAGUGCCUUAUCAGCAAUGAGUGUUUUCCAGCUUUUGUGCUCCAUUUUUAUGGGUCUUCUGUUAAGGUUCAGAUCUGGUUUGAAAGAGGAAAUUGGAAUAUUUUUUCCUAUGCUCGUCCUAAGAGUUCUUGAAAAUGUCCUUCAGCCUAGCUUUUUGCAAAAAAUGACAGUUCUACACUUUCUGGAGAAGAUCUGUAAAGAACCUCAGGUUAUUAUCGAUAUCUUUGUGAACUAUGAUUGUGACGUUGAUGCACCGAACAUUUUUGAAAGGAUUGUCAAUGGACUACUAAAGACUGCUUUAGGUGUCCCUGAUGGAUCUACGACGACAUUAACUGUUGCACAAGACCAAACAUUUCGGAUUGAAUCUGUCAAGUGCCUGGCUACUGUUAUUAAGUCAAUGGGUACGUGGAUGGACCAGCAACUGAAAAUUGGUGAAAAUUUUCAGAUAAGUUCUGAAGUACCAACUUCAUUGGAUAAUAAUCAUAUGAUCCAUAAUGGAGAAGAAGGGACUGGAAUGGAUUAUGAUCUGCAAUCUGAAUCUAGUAGCUCUGAAGUAUCAGAUUCUUCCUCACUCGAGCAACGGCGUGCUUAUAAAAUAGAACUUCAGAAAGGAGUUGCCUUGUUUAACAGAAAACCUUCUAAAGGUAUUGACUUUCUCAUUCGAAGCAAGAAAGUAGGCCAGUCUCCGGAAGAUGUCGCUUCUUUCUUGAUAAACACUGCUGGCUUAAAUGCAACAAUGGUUGGAGACUAUUUAGGUGAAAGAGAAGAGUUCCCCCUCAAGGUUAUGCACGCUUAUGUGGAUGCGCUAAACUUUAAAGGCAUGGAUUUUGGGGAGGCGAUUAGGUUCUUCUUGCAAGGCUUCAGGUUACCAGGGGAAGCACAGAAAAUUGACCGAAUCAUGGAAAAAUUUGCUGAACGCUACUGUAAAUGCAACCCAAAUGUUUUUACCAGUGCAGAUACCGCUUAUAUUCUUGCUUAUUCUGUGAUCUUGCUAAACACUGAUGCUCACAGUGCUAUGGUGAAGGAUAAGAUGUCUAAGGCUGAUUUCAUGCGCAAUAACCGGGGAAUUGAUGAUGGGAAGGAUUUGCCUGAAGAUUAUCUCAGUGCAUUGUACGACCAAAUUGUGAGCAAUGAGAUCAAAAUGAGUGCCGAUUCUUCGGCUGCACAAACUAAGCAAACCAAUAGCGUAAGUAAGCUCCUAGGCUUAGACAACAUUAUCAACUUUGUCAACUGGGGACAGGAAGAAGACAAGGCACACGGCGCAAAUGACUUGCUCAUUAAGCACAUACAGGAGAAAUUCAAAGCAAAACACGGAAAAUCAGAGAUCAUGUUUUAUGUUGUUGCCGAUGCAACCAUUUUAAGGUUCAUGAUGGAGGCCUGUUGGGCUCCUAUGAUGGCUGCAUUCAGUGUGACACUAGACCAAAGUGAUGAUAAGGCUGCCACAUCACAGUGUUUGAAGGGAUUAAGAUCUGCCGUGCAUGUUACCUCUGUUAUGUGCAUGCAGACACAACGAGAUGCUUUUUUGACAUCCAUAGCCAAAUUCACGUCCCUCCAUUCUGCUGCAGACAUGAAACAAAAGAACGUUGAUGCUGUUAAGGCUAUAAUAUCCAUCGCGAUUGAAGAUGGCAAUUACUUGCAGGAAUCUUGGGAACAUGUAUUAACAUGCUUAUCACGGUUUGAACAUUUACAUUUGCUUGGAGAAGGGGUGCCUACUGAUGCUUCAUUUCUGGCAGUACCUCUGGUUGAAUCUGAAGAAAAAGCUCAGAAGUCUACGUCUGUUGUACCUUCAAAGAGAGCCAAUGCUCUUCAGAAUCCUGCCGUGAUGGCUGCUGUUAGAGGGGGUUCUUAUGACAGCACCGUGGCAAAAACCAGUGCCUCAGUGUUGGUUACUCCUGAACAGAUCAACAAUUUCAUAUCGAACAUAAAUUUGUUGGACCAGAUAGGCAUCGUUGAGUUAAAUCAUAUAUUUGCCCAUAGUCAAAGGUUAAACAGUGACGCCAUUGUUGCUUUUGUGAAAGCUCUUUGCAAGGUCUCAAUGACUGAGUUGCAGUCUCCAUCAGAUCCUCGUAUCUUCUGCCUUACAAAAAUAGUAGAGAUUGCGCAUUACAAUAUCAACCGCAUACGUUUGGUGUGGUCUCGGAUAUGGAAAGUUCUAUCAGAUUUUUUUGUGUCUGUUGGACUAUUAGAGAACCUCUCUAUUGCAAUAUUUGUAAUGGACUCUCUGAGGCAGCUAGCAAUGAAGUUUCUGGAAAGAGAGGAGCUGGCAAACUAUAACUUUCAAAAUGAGUUCCUUAAACCUUUUGUGGUUGUUAUGGAGAGGAGUGAUGUUCCAGAAGUACGAGAACUGAUUGUUCGGUGUGUAUCACAGAUGGUCCUAACUCGGGUUAACAACAUAAAGUCUGGCUGGAAGGGUGUUUUUACGGUUUUUACUUCUGCUGCAGCUGAUGAUACGAAAAGUACUGUCCUAUUGGCAUUUGGGACUAUGGAAAGAAUUGUCCGUGACUACUUUCGAUACAUAACUGAGACAGAUGCCACAACAUUUACUGAUUGUGUCCAAUGUCUUAUUGCAUUUACAAGUAGCCAAUUUAAUAGUGAGGCCAGUCUCAAUGCUAUUGCGUUUCUCCGGUUCUGUGCUGUUAAACUUGCCGAGGAAGGGUUUGUUUGCCAGGACAAGGAUGCUGAUACACCGAGGAAUUCAGGCAUGUCAGAUGGAUAUGCCACUGUGAACAAGAAUGAUUAUGUUUCCUUCUGGGUUCCUCUCCUUGCUGGUUUGGCCAGGCUGACCAGUGAUUCAAGGCUGACCAUCGGGAAAAGUGCUGUAGGAGUACUUUUUGACAUUUUGAAGGAUCAUGGACACCUCUUCUCACAGUCCUUUUGGGCCAAUAUCUUUCAGUCUGUUAUUUAUCCUCUAUUUAGCAGUCAAAGGUCUAGGGCCAGUGAUCUAACCUUAACAUCAAACAUCAUUGAUGAUGACUUUUCAACUCUUGAAACACAAACAUUGGCAAUGAAAUCUUUAGUGGUUAUAUUUGUCAAUUUCUUUGACGUGAUGCGGCCAGAACUUGCUAGAAUUGCAUCCAUUGUCACAUAUUUUAUCAGAAGUCCCUAUAAACAUUCUGCUAGCAUCGGUGUAUCUGCUUUUCUACGUUUAGUAGACGGAGUUGGUAGCAAACUUUCCAAGGAGGAAUGGAGAGAUAUCCUUCUGUGCUUCAAAGAAUCAUUGUCACAGACCUUUGUUGUAUUCUCUAAAAUUGUAAGAAUGAUGCAAGACAUUGAAAUUCCAGAUAGGAUUGAAUCCUAUUCAGAAGCUGAGCAGUUUUCAGACAACGAAAUUUAUAUUAAUGAUGAAGAGGAAGCUAACAUGGAGACAACUUCUUAUGCUAUUGUCAAGCUGAAGAAUCAUAUGGCCCUACUACUCCUAGUUGUUCAGGGCAUUAUUAAAUUGUAUGAGGAACAGGGGAAAUAUCUUACCGUGGACCAUAUUAGCAUUCUUUUGGCGAUGAUAUCGGCAAUUGCAACACAUGCAAGCGAAGUGAGCUCUGACUCUUUAUUACAGAUGAAAUUCCAUAAAGCAUGUUCCCUUUUGGAGGCAUCUGAGCCAGCAGUUGUCCAUUUUGAGAACGAGACAUACCAGAGCUACCUCAAGCUUCUCCAAGCUCUGCUCCAUGAGCAUCCAUUCUUAUCUGAAGACAUGGACAUACAAUCGCGAAUACUUGAUGCUUGUGAGAAAAUACUGAAGACAUAUCUAAAUUGUGCUGGGCAUGGACCAUCUGAUGAAGCUUCUCAGAGCGAUCCAACUUUACAUUGCAUAGUGCCACUGGGCGCUGCCAAGAAAGAGGAGCUGGCUGCUAGGACUCAACUGGUCCUUAUAGUGGUGCAGAUACUGCGUAGCUUGGAUAAGGAUUCAUUUAUGAGAGUACUCCCUCGCUUUUUCCCACUGCUGGUUGAUCUCAUCCGCUGUGAGCAUAGCUCUGUAGAUGUUCAACACGCCCUCUACAAAAUCUUCAAAUCAUCAAUAGGCCCCAUGAUACAAGUAUAAUGGCACAUUCCGGUCCUGCUAGGCAUACCAUUUGUGACUCCAUUUUGAUGACUAGUCCAUUAACCUGCAGUAGGAUAUAACUAGUCUGGUAUCCUGAUUGAGCCCUCUCCUUCAGGAUUCUGAGUUCAAGUGUCAUAUUACUAGUCCAGAUAUGGAGCAGAAAGGUCCAUUUUUUGUCAACACCCAUUUCAGCAAGUGAGUUCCAUCAUCGGAACAUUCUAACCAGGCAUGAUUAUUGCUGAUGGCUUUUCACACUUUCGGGCCUUAUAUGCCCUGAGGUAAUUUUCAUGACCCUGUAAUGCAGAAGGGUCUCAUGCUCCCAUUCCAUCAUUACCAUCGCCUUAAACUAAUGGAAAGGUGUAUAUAGUACGUUGUGCCCUUGCAACUAGAGAAAAUCGUUUGAACUAUCGUUGCUUUGUAAUAUUUCAUUUUCCUCAAAUAUAUUAUGAUCUCUAUCCAAUAGGCUAUGUAUGUGAUUCUUUUUGUUCAUAUAAACGGAUGCAAAUACUACAGUGAAUAGUUUGUUUGUUCGAGUUAACCUA